AUGGCGGUCACGAAACGUGCAGGUCGUAAGAAGGAUGCGACACAGGCACCUGCGCAAGGUCGGCAAGGAGCUACUGGAGGGGCACAGCCAGCGAUUCGCAAGGCCGCCUAUGAGACCACGAAGAAGAAGGAGGUAGGUGUGUCAGAUCUGACAUUGAUCAGCAAGAUCUCCAACGAGGCGAUCAACGACAACCUGAAGAAGCGAUUCGAGAAUGCCGAGAUCUAUACAUACAUUGGCCACGUACUGGUGUCCGUUAAUCCAUUCCGGGAUCUGGGCAUAUAUACCGAUAAGGUGUUGGAUAGCUACAGAGGAAAGAACAGGCUGGAAGUACCGCCACAUGUGUUCGCGAUCGCCGAGAGUGCAUACUACAACAUGAAGGCCUACAACGAGAACCAGUGUGUGAUCAUUUCCGGCGAAUCCGGAGCUGGAAAGACAGAGGCAGCGAAGCGCAUCAUGCAGUACAUUGCCAGUGUAUCCGGCGGCACGGACAGCAGCAUUCAGCAGAUCAAAGACAUGGUGCUCGCCACCAAUCCUUUAUUGGAAAGCUUUGGCAAUGCGAAGACACUGCGGAACAACAACUCAAGUCGUUUCGGCAAGUACCUCGAGAUCCAAUUCAAUGCGCAGGGUGAGCCUGUGGGAGCGAACAUCAACAACUACUUGCUAGAGAAGAGCCGAGUUGUCGGUCAGACGAAGGAUGAACGGAACUUCCAUAUUUUCUACCAGUUCACGAAAGCCGCCAGCCAGGAGCAUCGCACGAACUUUGGGAUCCAACAGCCGGCGACGUACCAAUAUACGAGCAAGAGCAAGUGUUACGAUGUAGCAGGUAUAGAUGAUGUUGCGGACUUUAAGGAUACCCUGAAUGCUAUGAAAGUGAUUGGUAUACCACAAGCCGAGCAAGACAAUAUUUUCCGAAUGCUAGCCGCUGUCCUGUGGAUCGGCAACGUUUCAUACGUGGAGGACGAUCAGGGGAACGCUGCGAUAAGGGAUCAGAGCGUGGUUGAUUUUGUGGCAUACUUGCUCGAGGUCGACUCGUCGCAUGUCAACAAGGCACUCACGAUUCGUGUCAUUGAGACUUCGCGAGGUGGACGAAGAGGGUCCGUCUACGACAGUCCAAUGAAUAUUGCGCAAGCAGGCGCUGCACGUGAUGCUCUGGCUAUGGGCAUAUACACCAGGAUGUUUGAUUGGAUUGUGCAGCGAGUGAACGUGUCGUUGGCUGCGCGCGGCGUUCCAGCGCACAGCAUCGGUAUUCUGGAUAUCUAUGGUUUCGAGAUCUUCGAGAAGAACAGUUUCGAACAAUUGUGCAUCAACUACGUGAACGAGAAACUGCAGCAGAUCUUCAUUCAGCUCACGCUCAAGGCCGAGCAGGAUGAGUAUGAGCGCGAGCAAAUCCAAUGGACGCCGAUCAAAUACUUCGACAAUAAAGUCGUCUGCGAGUUAAUCGAGGAGAAGCGACCACCGGGAGUUUUCGCGGCACUGAACGAUGCGUGUGCAACGGCGCAUGCAGACCCUGGCGCGGCCGAUCAGACAUUCGUAUCAAGACUCAAUGCACUCUCUGGAAACCCUAACUUUGCGCCAAGGCAAGGUCAGUUCGUGAUCAAGCAUUACGCCGGUGAUGUGAACUACGACAUCGCAGGCAUGACGGACAAGAACAAAGACCAGCUACUCAAGGACAUUUUAAAUCUAGUCGCGCAGUCGAGCAAUCAGUUCGCACAUACGCUAUUUCCAAAUGAAGUCGAUCAGGACAACCGACGGCGACCGCCCACGGCUGGUGAUAAGAUCAAGGCUUCCGCAAAUGAUUUGGUUGCUACUUUGAUGAAGUGUACACCAUCCUACAUCCGCACGAUCAAACCGAACGAGAACAAGAGUCCAUCGGAGUACAACAACCAGAAUGUCAUGCAUCAGAUCAAGUAUCUUGGUCUACAGGAGAACGUCCGAAUCCGCCGGGCUGGCUUUGCUUACCGUCAGACAUACGAGAAGUUCGUGGAGCGCUUCUACCUCUUGUCGCCGAAGUGUAGCUACGCAGGCGAGUAUACGUGGACUGGCGAUGCGCGUACUGGUGUCAUGCAGAUCUUAAAGGACACGAGUAUACCUAAGGAGGAGUGGCAGAUGGGUGUCACGAAGGCCUUUAUUAAGACGCCAGAGACCUUCUUCGCGCUCGAAACCAUGCGUGACCGAUACUGGCACAACAUGGCCAUUCGUAUCCAGCGUGCAUGGAGAAACUACUUGCGCUACCGAAUCGAGUGCGCGACGAGGAUCCAGAAGUUCUGGCGCAAGAAGAGCGGUGGCGAGCCUUUCCUUGUCUUACGAGACGAAGGCACGAAGUUGCUCGCUGGUCGGAAAGAGCGUCGCAGGUUCUCACUCAUUGGCUACCGACGGUACUUGGGAGACUACCUUGGUAUUGACAACAAAGGUGGGUCAGGCGAGCUACUUCGCAACAAUGCUGGAAUUGGAUCUGGCGAAAAGACUUUCUUCAGUUGUCGGUGUGAACUACUGGUGUCGAAACUUGGACGAUCGUCGAAGCCGGAACCUCGAUUUAUUGUGCUUACGAGCAAGGCUGUUUAUCUGGUCAAGCAGGCUCUGGUCAACAAGCAGUUGCAGAUCUUCUCGGAACGAACCAUAGCACUUGGCGCCAUCAAGUUUGUGAGUGCCAGCAAUCUUAAGGAUGACUGGUUUGCCCUGGGUGUCGGAAGCCCGCAGGAACCUGACCCUCUCAUCAACUGUAUCUUCAAGAACGAGUUUUUCACACAACUUCGGACUGCAACAAGAGGAGCAGUACAACUUCAGAUCGGUGACGCGAUACAAUACAACAAGAAGCCCGGUAAGAUUGCCAGUGUAAAGGCAGUCAAGGAUCCACAAGUCCGACGAGACGACAUGUAUAAGUCUGGACAAGUACAUACAGGUGCUGGAGAGCCUCCAAACUCGGUCAGCAGGCAGACACCCAAGGGCAAGCCUGUUGCUGCGAAGGCCAUCACGACUGGAGGACUGCUCAAGAAGAGUGCAGGUGGUAAGCUAUCACAGCAAGCGCAAAAUCGACGGCCUAUACCUCAGGCGCAACCACUACCAGGACAAAACACGACGAAUGCUAUGCGGGCGACUGAGAGAAUUGUACCGCAGCCUGUGCAAGAGCGACCAGUCCAAGCACAGCCGAUACAGUCGCAACCUGUUGCGGCGAUGUCCAAUGGUCAUGCAAGGAAUGUCUCGACUGCUUCCUCGAGAAUGCCACCGCCCCCUCCACCGCCUGCUGCCGCGACUCAGCCACCGAAGGAUCCUGAAUACAAGGCUCUAUACGACUUCACGGGCCAGACUGGUGGUGAACUGAGUCUGAAGAAGGGCGAGAUCAUUGUCAUCACGCAAAAGGAGAAUAAUGGAUGGUGGCUAGGCAGACGAUCAGAUCACUCAGCGUCCGGCUGGGCACCAGCAGCCUACCUAGAGGAAGUCAAGCAAGCUCUUCCACCCCCACCACCGCCAGCCGCUGUAUCACGCCCACCGCCUCCUCCUGCGCCUGCAGCAGCCCGAGCAAACGGUAUCUCGAACGGCGCGCCCGCCGCGAAAGCAAAGCCCACACCUCCUGCUCCGCCGGCGAAACGUCCUGUGGGCAGAAAGCCUGCUGCUGGAAACACGCCAAGGGAUAGUGGUUACUCAGGCGGUAACACACCGGAUGGAGGCAGUGGCGCUGCGACACCCAAUGGCGGUGGCGGGGCCGGGAUUGCAGGUGGUCUGGCCGAGGCUUUGAGAGCGAGGCAGAAGGCCAUGCAUCAGAGGGAUGAUGAGGGAGGGGAUUGGUAA